GUGGUUCCUAUAAGCCGGAGUUGUUUACAGUGUUGAUCUGAGAGAUUAUUGAGAGCUGAGUAAUGCAUUGGAUUUUUUUUUUUUAAUUAUUCAUUCUUCUGUUCACCUUUGAUUCUAAUUCUGAAGACUACUCUCAUGGCGAUAGCUAGUAUCCUGACUUCAACCCAAAACCCCUUUUUAUGUCUCCGGGAACCAACGCCUCUUGGGACCCGCUCCGUCGUCUUCCGCCGCUAUCGAGAGCCCUGUGGCAGACGAUGGAUUCCCAGAUCCAUUAGAGCUUGCCAACCGUCCGACAAGCUUGGUGGUGAUGGAGGCAUUUCACCUUCAGCUAAAAGAUUACAUUUUGGGAAGGAACUGCUGACUUUUGCUUCAGAUAAUUUCUUGCCUCUAGCUCUUGUUAGUGGAGUGGGGCUGGGCUUUGCAAAUCCAACUCUAGGCUGUCUUGCAGACAAAUACUCUUUCACUAAGAUCAGCACAUGCGGAAUAUUUAUUAUAUCAGGAUUGACUUUACGUACUGAAGCGAUUGGUGCUGCUGUUAAAGGAUGGCCUCUUGGAGUCUUCGGGCUAAUCUCUAUUUUGUUGCUCACUCCAUCCUUCUCACGGCUAAUUAUGCUGUUCCAACUUCAACCCCCGGAACUUGUUACAGGGCUGGCUAUAUUUUGCUGUAUGCCAACCACCUUAUCAAGUGGUGUUGCCCUUACUCACCUUGCUGGUGGCAAUGCUGCUCUUGCGCUUGCGGUGACUGUGGCAUCAAACUUAUUAGGAAUUUUAAGUAUUCCAUUUUGGGUAUCGAGAUACAUAGCUGGGGGAGUAGGUGUUUCUUUUCCAACUGAGCAAUUGUUCAGAAGUCUUGUAGUUACUCUGUUAAUUCCUUUAAUCAUUGGCAAGGUUAUUCGGGAAUCAUUCAAAGGGUUUGCAAACUUUGUUGACAAUAACCGUAAUCUAUUUUCAAAGAUCAACGCAAUCUGCCUCAGUAUGGUACCAUGGAUCCAAGUUAGCAGGUCAAGAUCACUGCUGUUAUCCGUUAAGCCUAAGGUUUUUCUUGCUGCCGUUGGCAUUGGAAUAUUGCUGCAUCUUUCUCUAUUAGCAUUCAAUGCUGUUUCGAUCGGCAUCCUCUCAGGUGUUUCAGGUGGUAGCAAGAACUCAAAGGAAAAUGGCACUGCAGUCUUGCUCGUUUCAAGUCAGAAAACACUACCGGUAAUGGUGGCGGUAGUGGAGCAAUUGGGAGGUGCAUUUGGUGAGACAGGGCUCUUGGUUCUUCCUUGUGUAGCUGCACACCUGAACCAGAUCAUGAUUGAUUCAAUUCUUGUCAACUUAUGGCUCCGGAAGGGUAAAGAUACUUCGACUGAUGUAAAGACAGCCUGAGAGAUAAAAAUCAAUGAAACUGAUGUUGUGGAGAAGGUUACAUCCUAAAACACAUUCAAAAUGUUACUUAGCAUCAAGUCUGGAAAUUGUGGAAACCUUCGAAGCACCGAAGCUUAGUUAAUGAUCGAUCACUCUCUGAAUUUGGUCGAGUGAUUCGGUUUCGGUCUGCGUUUUAUUGGUUCAGCCAAAAUGUUUGCUGAUUCCAUUUGUAUGAUUUCUGUAAGAACGAUAUAGAAAAAAAUCUUGUAAUAAAUGAAUAAUCGAAAACGUUAAAUAUUUUAUGAUCACCA